UUGACGUUUCAGAAUGUCUUUCUGCCAACAAUUUGAACCGCUCCAAACACGGUGCCCCAAAUUUGCAAUGGGACGCUGACUUGGCUUCUGGAUCGGCCGACUGGGCCUUGUAUCUUGCAAAAAAACCCUCCGUUCAACUGGAACACAGUGAUGCGGAUAAUCAGUAUGGUGAAAACAUUUACUACUCGGCGACCUCUGCUAUUGGUACGGUGGCAUCGUGCAAACGUGCUGUCGAGUCAUGGUAUUCAGAAAUCAAGGACUACGACUUCAAUAAUCCUGGUUUCUCCUCGGAAACAGGACAUUUUACACAGGUCGUGUGGAAGUCAACUACCAAAGUAGGUGUUGGUAUCGCUGCAGUCACCAGGAAUGGUUUCACGUACACCUUCGUGGUGGCUCGUUACACACCGCCUGGAAAUAUGAACAUGCCAGGAUAUUUURCUGCAAACGUACUGCCUCCCUCAAAGUUAAGAGUAGAGUUGUCGAAAAGCUCGUGGGGUUAUUAUAACCGAUAUUAUGGAAGGAAAUCAGCGACCAGGAUACCAACAGAUUGUCCAAGAUGGUACAAAGAGCACAAGUCUUGUAAAGACUGGAUACGACACUGUCAGUGGAAUAGUCGAUACUAUAAGUGGAUGAUCAAACACUGCAGAAUAARUUGUGGAGAUUGCACACCUGCAAGACCGCCUGCUUACAAUAUUCCAUCUACAAGACAGCCUGCUUACAAAAUUCCAUCUCAAGUUUCAAARACCCCAAGUGUUCAAGAAAUAACUGCAUAUGGUCCAAGUGCUCGUAUCAUAACCUUUAAUAUUGCAGAAUGUCUUGCCGCCCAUAAUAGAAAGCGGUCACUACACGGUGUUCCACAUCUACAAUGGGAUGCAUCCUUGGCUUCUGCAUCCGCGGACUGGGCUCUCUCUCUCGCAAAAAAGCCUCAUGUUGUGUUGCAACACAGUACCCCCAAUGGUGCYUAUGGGGAAAACCUUUACUACAAGGGAUCGUUCCCUGUUGGUACGAUAGUGUCGUGUUCGGACGCUGUUCAGGCUUGGUACGACGAAAUAAAACUCUACAGCUUCAACUUCCCUGGCUUCAGUUCCGCUACAGGCCACUUUACACAGGUAUCCCAAUAUGACUACACUUAGAUAAUUAACUUGCCAUAAGA